GCAGGCGUGGGACCUGGCCGUGGACAUCUGCCUCUCUCAGCUGCCCACCAUCAUCGAGGAGGGCACCGCCUUCAGACUUCUUGGGUCUCAAUGCAGCCUGAAAGAAAGCCUGCAGGCAGGACUCAGGGCUGACUUACCCACCCCCACCUACUCUGCAUUAUUGGGGCACAGUCCCUUCUUUGCGGAGCAGCUGACGGCGUUCCAGGUGUGGCUGACCAUGGGAGUGGAGAACAGAAACCCUCCUGAGCAACUCCCCAUCGUACUGCAGGUCGACGACAUUGAAGUUGUCGCUGGUGAGGCUGUCCAAGAAGCGGUAUAA